AUGGCUACCAACAACACACCUCCGCUCUCACUCAAAGCCCCUCCCCCGCAAACAGAUUUCAUGGUCGGCUGGAUAUGUGUACUCAAAAAGGAGUACCAUGCGGCUGUGCAAAUUUUGGACGAACGAUAUGAUACCACCGGCCUGGUUCGCAGCCUGGGGGACAAAAACCACUAUAUUCUUGGGCGAGUCGGAACACACAACGUGAUGAUCAAUCUCCCGCUAGCAGAAAAGUACGGUCAGAACCAUGCAUCCCGAAUUGCCCUUGAUAUGAGACGCACGUUUCCGAAAAUGCGCUUCGUGCUGCUCGUUGGGAUCGCCGGCGGAGUACCCUCCCCAGAGCACGACAUCCGCCUUGGGGAUGUGGUUCUCGGGACGAGGGCUGUUCCCUAUGGAUUUGGGAAACAAACCGACCACGGCUUUGAACGGACCGGCCUGGUACAGGUACCACCCAGAGAGUUACUGGAGGCGACCACGUUCUUGGAAGAGCGGAUUCGAUUAGAGGAUGUGCGUUUGUCUGAGGCUAUUGAGAGCGUCCGUACGAAGUCCGCUGGAGGCGGUGAUGCGUUUCUCCGUCCUGCGAAAGAUCGACUUUAUAAAGGCGAGCUCAUCCACAAAGAGCCGGGGUGCGACUGCCUUCUGUCGGAAUCACGGCAAGGAGCCAAUAUGUACUUACGGGACGACCGUAAAGGGGAUCUAAUCCAGGUGUUUCGAGGAGGCAUUGGGUCCGACAACCGUGUUAUAAAGAAUGCCCAAGUCCGCGAUGAUAUUGCCACAAGAGAGAACAUUCUGUGCUAUGAGAUGGAAGCGACUGGGGUGAUGUUUGUUGUUCCUUGUCUUCCUAUCCGAGGUAUCGCCGAUUAUGCAGACGGGCACAAGAACGAUCAUUGGCACUUAUACGCUGCUUUGGCGGCGGCAACAUGCGCCAGGGAGCUAUUAUUAUCACUUUCGCCACAAUUCGUCGCUCAAUUUCCCUUGGCCGUCGCCAGAAAUGUCCUGGGCCAAUAUAACACCGAUGCAGUCAAUCGAAAUGCUUCUUCGAGCAGUGAGGUAGUAAAUUUGAGACAUACCAAUUGUGAUUUAGCCAACCACCAUGCUGCCCUUAAUGCGGAUAAGACACCAUCCUCUGAUUUUCAAGACGCGGGAGAUGAGGUGCAGAGACCGCAGGUUCUCGGUCAAAUUACAGAGCAACACAAUACCUUGCCCUUGAGUCGGGAUUUGGAAGUCCGAGAAUAUAUUUACUAUAUCCAGGGGAAGGUCAAUCAAGGGUUUGACUAG